AUGCAUCCGCGGCGCUGGGUCGUCGAGAUCUUCCCGGCGCCGGAGACGCACCAGUACGACUACUACUACCUCGCGCGGCUCAUGGGCCACGCGCACUUAUGUGUCUUUGACGGCCGCGCCCAGGUGCAGGCGCGCUGGGGCCUCCACCGCGUCGACGAAAACAACGCGUCCGCGUGGCGCGGCGACACCGUGUCCGUGCCCGGCAUGUCGUCGCCCAGGUCGACGACGGCCGACCUGGACCCGUCCGCGCUCGUCGCGAUCCAGCAGCACGUCUCCGACGCGAUGGAGAACCUGCUUGAUCCCGUCUCGACCCCUUCCGGGAGAGGCUGGGGAGGAUACUUCCCGAAGGAGCUGCUGCCCGUGCAGCGUAAGCUUGCGUAG